AUGUCAACUACAGAACAGAAGGCUGAUCCGUGGUCUAGUUUUGACUAUUCUACUACUACUAGAAAGGACAGUAAUAUGGAUCCCGAGUUAGCUUCCAUUGUAUCAUCAUUGUCUGCACUCUCAAAUCCACCUGCACAACAGGCGCUAGGGGGGCCGCAACAAAUAGGAGGGUUUAGACGGUCAUCUUUAAACUCUAAUAACGGCAGUGACGUGGAAUCUGAGCUUAUCUUCCAGAAUCACACUGCUUCUCCUACUGUGAGAAGGUCAGCACUAUCGGUUGGAGCAGCUCCUACGGCAGCAACGUCUAAUGGUCACCGGCUAGCAAUGCUGGGCCAUUAUCCAGCUAGCAUUACGACGGGAGCGUUGCAAUCUGCACAACAAGGGGGCUCUUUUUUUGAGAGGUUUGGUCGCUCUUUAGCCGAGGCAACCCGGGAAGUGGAGAUGAAUUUAGGGUCUACAUCCUCGCGAAACUUGAGAAGAGACUCUGUUAAUAAUGCAACAGGGCCAUUAGACAUUCUAUCUAUUGUACCAGGUGCUACAAAUAUCUCUGCUGACGAACAGAUCCGUCGAAAAACUUCUGUGUCUUCUGACACUUUAGACUCUGUAAGUGAAAGUCUAUCCUUACAGAAUGAGGUAAAUGGGUCGAAGAAUAUUUGGAAUGUUGCGAAUGCGCCGGUAUUUAGGCCCAAUCAGAUGGAAUCAGUGUUAAAUCCUGAGGUGUAUCAAUCAAUGUAUUGCGGUUUACCAUACGGUGUAUUUGGACAUUACAAUGUCCCAGGGGCUACUAACCAAGCCUCUGAUAAUAUGGCACCCAAUAAUUCAACUUUUGAACAAGAAUCCUCUCCAAGGAACAAUGAAGAGGUUGAAGAUCCUAUUGUCGCUGAACAUUCAAGCAGCUUAGCCGCGCAAUUCAUGUUCCCCCCCGGUGCGCCGUUAAUGUACUUUCCUCAAAAUGUUACCACGAAUUCCAACUCCCCUCCUCCUGGUAUGACUCAGUAUCAGCACAGUAGGUACAACUCAACCGAGUCACAGAAAAAUAAGUCUAAAUCAAAUCCAUACCUUCACCAAAAUUCUAGAGGGUAUAAGUCGGCAGUGUUUCCGACACAGAAUUCAAACUUAAAAGGUUCACCAACUUCUUUGCAAUCAAAUAAUAUUCAUCACAAUCAACAUUAUCAGCCAUCUUCCCAAAAACAUUCAAACUCUCACCAGAAGCAACAGCAACGCCAUGAAUUGUCGCAGCGGCAACAGCAGGGUCAAAAGCAGACAUCACAGCAACAAGAUCAGCAGCAAUCCAUGUCCUCACAGCACCAGUCUUGUGCUAUGUCGAAGAGAAGUGGUAAGAAUCAACAAUCCAUAGUGAGAUCUCCAUUAUUGGAAGAAUUUCGUACUAAUCCAACUAAUAAGACUUACAAGUUACAUGAGAUAUAUGGUUCGGCGUUGGAAUUCUGUAAGGACCAGCAUGGUUCCCGUUUUAUUCAACAUGAAUUGGCUACAUCAUCAGAUAUCGAAAAAGAGAUUAUUUUUAAUGAAAUCAGAGAUCAUGCGAUAGAGUUAUCUCAUGACGUCUUUGGUAACUACGUGAUUCAAAAAUUUUUUGAAUAUGGUACUAAAACCCAAAAAGAUAUCUUGGUUGAGCAAUUCAAAGGCAAAUUGGAGAUGUUGUCUUUAGAAAUGUACGCCUGUCGUGUUAUUCAGCGUGCUUUCGAGUUUAUUGAUGAAGAUCAGAAAAUUGAACUAGUGACGGAGUUGUCUUCAAGUGUGCUGACAAUGAUAAAAGAUCAAAAUGGUAACCAUGUCAUACAAAAGACAAUUGAGUGUAUACCAAUGGCGAAGUUGCCCUUUAUAUUUGAAAGCUUAAAAGGUCAAAUUUACCAUUUGUCUACUCAUUUUUACGGUUGUCGUGUAGUGCAAAGGUUAUUGGAAUAUGGAAGUAAGGAGGAUCAAGAGGAAAUCCUAAACGAGUUGGAUCAAUUUAUUCCCUACCUAGUUCAAGAUCAAUAUGGUAACUAUGUUAUCCAGCAUAUUUUGCAACAUGGUGGAGACGACCCUGCUACUAACCAUAUUGAUAAAUCGAAGCAAGAUAUUGUUGAUACAAUUAGUAGAACGGUGGUGGAUUUCUCAAAACAUAAAUUUGCUUCCAACGUUGUGGAGAAAACUAUCUUAUAUGGAAAUCCAUCGCAGACGAGAAAGGUUCUAGAUAAAAUACUACCAAACGACGAAGAGCACGCCGCUAACUUGGAAGACACAUCGCCCUUAAUCCUAAUGAUGCGUGAUCAGUACGCAAACUAUGUUGUACAAAAACUUGUCGGUGUUGCUACAGGUGACGAUAAGAAAUUAAUUGUCAUUGCUAUCAGAUCUUAUUUGGAGAGAUUGAAUAAGAACAAUACGCUGGGAAAUAGACAUUUGGCCAGCGUCGAAAAACUUGCUGCAUUGGUUGAGAAGGUUAAAAUAUAG